AUGGCCACCUACCAGGAACGGUCCACGCAAAAGCGCGCGGAUCAACACUCUCUGAUUCCACCCGAGUGGCGUCUAACCCCAAUCCCCUCAAUCGAAUCUACCCCAAAUGCCCUGGCUUAUCUCCGCACCAUUCUCACCCCAGAGGAACUAGCCCUGACAGAGGAGGUUGACAUCGCCAUUCUUCUAGCUAAGCUCUCAUCCGGGGAACUCUCCUCACUGGAUCUAACCCGCGCAUUUUCGAAACGCGCAGCACUGGCCCAUCAAUUAACAACAUGUUGCACCGAGAUCUUCUUCGAAGAGGCAUUCGCCACCGCCAAAGAAAUGGACGACCACCUCGCGAAAACAGGCAAGACCGUUGGGCCUCUCCAUGGUCUACCAGUGUCCAUCAAAGAUUUGUUUUCCGUCAAGGGUGUUGAUACGUCAAUCGGCUGGGUGGGACUCACAAACAACCCCGAAAAAGCCGACAAAUCAGUCGCAAGGACGCUCCGCCGCCUCGGCGCAGUGCUGUACGUGAAGACGAAUCUUCCCCAGUCAAUGAUGAUGUCCGACUCGUACAACCACGUCUUCGGGCAGUGCGUCAACCCAUUCAACCGGGCUUUGAUAUCCGGUGGGAGUUCCGGCGGCGAGGGAACGCUUGUUGCGGCUCGUGGCAGCAUCCUUGGCAUUGGGACUGAUCUUGGUGGCUCGAUUCGGAUUCCUGCGGCGCUUUGUGGACUUUAUGGACUGUCGCCUAGUCCUGGGAGACAUCCUUAUGAGCGGGGGAAUCCUGGGCAGGAUAUUGUUCGGUCCGUCGCUGGGCCUAUGGCUUGUAGCUUGGCUACUAUUGAGCGGUAUAUGGAGGCUUUGCCGGUUGCGUCGCCUUGGGAGGUUGAUCAGCAUGUUGCUCCUGUUCCGUGGAGAGAGCAUUUGGCUGCGGGUGGGAGGCGGUUGAGGAUUGGGUUCUUGGUUGAUGAUGGAGUUGUUAAAGUCCAGCCGCCGGUUGCUAGGGCUAUGAGAGAGGUUAUUGAGGCUUUGAAAACAGCCGGCCAUGACAUCUUCGAAUGGGAUGCUUCCUCGCACGGCUAUGGCUACACUCUCUGGGCAAAAGCCAUCUUCUCCGAUGGCGGAGAAGGCUGUCGAAGAAAGACGGAGCUGACAGGCGAGCCACUUAUUGAAGGCAUGCUUGUUGGAAAGCCGGAGGAUACAUUAACCACUACCGAGACGCACCAACUCCACGCAGACAAGUACAACUUUGAAUCAGAAUACCUUGAUAAAUGGAUAUCCGCCGGAGUCGACGCUAUAAUCAUGCCCAACACACCAUGGGUAGGCUACAAACCAUGGACAUGGGUCAAGUCCAGUGCGUACGUGGGCUACACCAGUAUCUGGAAUUUCUUGGGCUAUGCCGCAUUAGCGGUUCCUGUUACUACCGUUUCGAGGGAGAAGGAUGUUCCUGAUCAGGAAUGGCUGGAUCAUGUUCCCCGAAAUGAUAGCGAUCAAUUUAACAAGAAGCAAUAUGACAUUGACUUGAUUGAAGGUAUGCCUGUUGGUGUACAGGUUGUUGGGGGCCGGUAUGGGGAAGAAAAGUGUGUAGCCGUGGCCAAGGCGAUCGAGGAAGCCAUGCAGGGGAAAAUGGUUUCUCGGGCAAAUCUGUGA